AUGCCGCUAGCCCGGCUGCGCAAUCUUACGCUGGGUUCACCGCGCACUUCCUGGAAGUGUUUUGCAGCUGGGCUCACAGAGACUGUCCCGGAGAGAAAGAUUGACUCUGGCUCGGCGGGGAACUUCAUCUCCCAGGCCUGCCUCGACUGCUUACGCCUCCCCCGAGAGAGGGGCUCCCAAGACUUAGAGGUACAAACCAUCCAGCGGCGCCCUCUGGGAAAGGGGUGGGUGAAGUACUGCACACCAGUAGUGACGCUCCAAGUGGGGCUAUUCCAUCGAGAGGAGAUCUGGUUCCUGGUCCUGGAGUGUUCCACUGUCAGAGCACUGUCUCUCCCAGCUUCCGACGCGGGUCCAGGGGGCUAUGAUUGGCGCCACCCGGGUGGAGGAGGCUACGACUACAAAUCAGGCGAACAUCCCCGAGGUGUACCGGGACUUCGUUCCUACGUGUUCAGUGACCAGGAUGCCACCUGUCCCCCCCAUCAUCGACCCUGGGACUGCUGCAUUGACCUGCUCCACGGUGCUAAGCUACCCAAGGGCCGUGUGUACCCGCUGUCCACUCCUGAACACCGAGCAAUCGAGGAAUAUGUCCAGCAGGCUCUCCGUCAGGGGUUAAUCACGCACUUGUCCUCCCCAGCAGCAUCCAGCUUUUUCUUCGUGGGAAAGAAGGAUGCCCAAAUUGCUCCUCUUCCGUACCCCCUCCCACUCGUGCCUGCUGCUCUGGAGGACCUGCAGCAUGCAAGGGUUUUCACCAAGCUCGAUCUCCGGAGCGCGUACAACCUAAUACGCAUAAGGAAGGGAGACGAGUGGAAGACUGCCUUCAUCACACCCUCGGGGCACUAUGAAUACCGGGUCAUGCUGUGUGGCAUAUCCAUCACUCCAGCUGUCUUCCAGGGGUACGAGGUACUUCGGCCCUAUCAUCAGAAUCGGGAGGAACACCUGAAACACGUGCGUGCCGUCCUGUAG